CACACACACACACACACACACACACACACACACACACACACACACAUCAACACACCAAUAAGAUGUAUGUGUACGUGGGUGUGUUCCUUCUUGGCUUGGUCCUUGGCUCCGGUGGUGUGCUGCUCGUUGCCUUCCACUUGUACAAGCGCUGGAUGGCCAUGCAGGAGAAGGUCACCUUGAAAGAGCAGGCAUACGUCGAGCCACGUCCAUCCACAGGCACUCGGGAAUUCUUGGAGAAGCACCCGUACCACCACGCGCAUCAGAAUGACACAAUGCAGCCAGAGAGCGUGGAAUGCUUGAAUGUGCUGUUUGACUUCCUCUUCUUCCAGCUCAGGGACACCAUCCGCGUGCGCAGACACGUCCUCAAGCUCAUUGAUAGAAACUUGGCGUUUCUCAUGAACAAGUCCAGCCUGGGCAACAUCUGCAAGCGAAUGAAGGUCAUUGAUGUGAAGCUUGGCAGCGAGAUGCCGCACCUUAGCGACGUGAAGAUUGUUCGGCCAGCUGUUGGUGCCAUCGGCAGCAGCGACGUGCUGGAUUUGGAUGCCACCCUCCUCUACAAGGGCAAGUUCAACGUGCGCAUCGAAGCAGACGUGAUCUUCCAGCGCAAAGCAACGCUCUCCAUCACCAUCGUUGAACUGCGGGGGCGUGCACGCUUCUCGUUCCGCUCGGAACCACAUCCCCACUGGACAUUUGGAUUUCUUGAGCAGGGUGACGAGCCGCACAUCGACUUGGAGGUUGAGGCGCUGAUUGACAACCACCUCUUCCGCCAACUCGGCAGUAUGGUCAUCUACCAGAUCAGGGCAGCGCUGCGGAAAGUGCACACGAUCCCGGCCCCGAGCGACGAUGACGACGACCACGGACCCCCGAAGCAGAAGAUGAGAUAUGACCCAUUCUUCACGCGUCCACUCGCACUGGCCGACACUGCCCGCAGACUGCACAUUGACAACCAGGACAUCUUCACGGGUCGACUCACCGUUGAAGUCAUUGGCUGUCGCCACCUCCAGAACACCCGGCCUGAUCGCUCCAUCUUCGUGACGCUUUCGCUGUAUGCGCACACGCACGACGAAGAGCACGACAUCGAGGGCGCACACGAGCGAGAGUUUGAAGUGUACAAGGCUGGGGCUGGAGCGACGAUUGGCAUCGCUUUUGAUCAGGCAGACCCGAUCAUCACCGCCAUCAAACCAGGGACGCCAGCAAGCGGCUCUGGUCUCUGCGAAGGCGACGUUGUCACCGCAGUCAACAACAUCUCCGUCAUCAAGUCAAAGCAGGCCCUCAAGCUCAUCAAGGAAUCAGGCGUGAAGGUCCGGCUGCAGGUGAUUCGGAAACAAAAGAAAACCGGACGCACAAACCGCCGGGACAAGCGGGGCCGCUAUUCUGAAACGCGCAUCAUGCCACCGUCGCCCAACCCGACGUUCAGAGAGGUUCACACGUUCCUGGUCACGCCGUCCACCCCGCAGCUGUACAUCCAUGUGUACGACUGCAAGCUAAACAAGCAGAAGCACGCGAGGAAGAAGUAUCUGCUCGGAUUCGCUGCCCUUGAUCUCGAGGAGACGGCGCUGUUCUGUGUUGCAAAUCAGUCCAAGCUGUUGAAGUUGAAGCGGCUGCAGACUGCACAACUCGAAGGCGCUCCACCGGCCGGAUUCAUCAAACUCCUCCUGCAGCACACGCCUACACCCGUACCAAAGGACGAGGCUGCUCCGUAUCCGUCGUUGUCGCGCCGUCCCCGCGCCACUUCAGUCACAGACGCGGAGGGUGGGCUGGUGUCGGUUCAGUGGAGCGGCAGCGCAGAUGCGGACGACGACGGAGACGAGGACGCGGGCUUGGCGGCUGCCAGCUCAUCGCUCGCUGGUGAUGACGACAGCUUUGAUCACGGUCACUCGCGUCCCGUCAGUCCGUCGUCAGGGAGCGACUCAUCACGGCUGCGGCGGCGGCGGGGGCGCAAGGAACCAGACACGCCACAGUCCAUGGCAAAGCGGGCACUCGACACAAGCACGGACUUUGACAUGUUUGCGCAGGUGCCCGUACACGAACGUCGUCCCAAGUUGGAGGCACUGAUGAACGAGCUUGAGAGAAUGCUGGAACUUGAGGCCAUCACACGUAAAGACAUUGAGGAGCAGAUGAAACUGCCAGACCAGUCCGACAGCGAAUCAGAGAGGUUACGUGAGAAUCUGCGAAUGUCUGACGAGCGGAGGGAUUUUCUGCACCACCGCGCGCUCAAGUGCGCCAGUGCCAUCAUUUCCUGCGACGAAGAACUCUCCAUGCUGUCAUCUUCAUGAGCAAUGCACGUGUGUGUGUGUGUUGGAUGGUUUCGUUGUGGUUGUUCGUCACAAGCAUUGUAUCUCUCCCUCUUCUCUUCUUUGUGUGCUACGUAGUUGGUUGGUUUGGUGUGCGGUUGCAUGCAUGCGACUGGCUCCACACUUCUUUCGCGGGUUCGGUCGUUAUUUGCCCUGUUUGGUUUGUAUUCUGGUUAGGACUGUUUGUCUGUUUGGUAGGCUGUGUACCACCAUGCAUUUGACAUCGCGAAUCAACGCGUGAAAGCAUCACACAACAUGAAAGGAUAUUGGC